UUCACGACUGGAGCUCACUUCUCCCCUCCUUCCUCCGUUCGUCCCCCAAUCCCCAUGGCCGCCUAGGCUCCACCGCCGCCGCCCUGCAUCCCAACUUCCGCCGUCCCACACUGCUACCUACACCAUCGACCUUCAGCACCGCCCAGCGCCAUCCUCCCUCAUCCGGCUAGGGGCUAGGGUUACAUUGCCACCGCCGCGCGCGUGGAGGAGGGAGUGCGGCUGCUCCACGCAACGCAAGCCAUGGGAGUCACGGAGGGAUGCGCAUGCCUUGUCGUCCUCCACGCGCUGUAAGACCCGCGCGUCUCCUCUGACUCCGAGGAGGGGGCGGUGGCUUGUUCGCCGGCGUGGCUGCGGCUCAUUGCCGUUGCGGGCUCCUCGACUGCGUGCCUACUUCGCUGCUUCCCCUCUCUACAAGGCAUCCUUCCUCUUCCGGAGUUUCUUGGCAAGAAUUGACUCAAGAUACCCGUCUCGGUUCUGUUAAGUUCAAAGGUUGAGCUCUGGUACUUGCAUUGCCCAGGCUGUCAUCAAUGCCAGUGUUGGCCUGAAUGCAAAUCUCCUUGGUGACUUCUCUGCUGUAGUUGGGACUAAAGCGACAGCUUUUGGUGCUGAUGCUGCAUUUGAUACUGCCUCUGGGGACUUCACCAAGUACAAUGCUGUAGUGAGCCACACUAAUCAAGAUCUCACUGCUUCCCUUAAUCCCCAUGGCGUCUUCUCAGCUGCUGCCCGCCACCUCAAGCUUGGGCGACCUGCCCAGGGAUGCACUUGUCGAAAUCCUUCUGCGCAUCCCGGCCAAAGAUCUAUGCCGCCUCCACGCCGUCUGCCCGUCGUGGCGCGCCCUCACCUCCAGCCCGCUGUUCGUCGGGGAGCACAAGUCCCGCCACACGGCUCCACUCCUCGCUGUGGCCUACCGCGACCAGGGCAUGGCCAAUGGUGUCGAUGUUGUCGACUUGUCCGGCAAUAUAGUCAGGCGAAUUCCGAGCAUCGAGAGUGACAUCGUUGUUGAGGAUGAGUCAGGCCAUGUCUUUGCCGUGAUUCCAAUCAGCCAUGACAGCAUCACUGUUAUGCGCACCCAUCUUAAUCUCAUCUGCUUCACUAGGGAGUUGCACCCUUUGGGCCUCUGGGUGCUUAACCCAGCCACUGGGGCUACUCUCGUCUUGCCACCGGGGCACUCGGAUGAAUUGGCGAAGGAGGAUAAGAUACAGGCGAAUUAUGGGUAUGGACAAGUGGAAUCAUGUGCAUUGGGCCAGGUUUCCUCCAUGGGAGUGUACAAGGCGAUCCGUAUCGUUAGUGUUGGUGAUAGGCAGAUGUGUGAAGUCAUCACCCUUGACGGCACAAACUAUGGAAGAUGGAGAGGAAAGCAGAGCCCUCCGGCCCUUAUUUUUGCCGGUCAUGGUGAACGUAUGAGAUGUGUCGUCGUAAAUGGUUUGGUGCAUUUUUUGAUGGACUUUUACUCCAGUAUUAUGAAUUCUGGGGUGAUAACCAUUGAACCUGGCAGCAUAGCUUCAUUCAACCUUGAUACAGAGGAGUGGAUGGGUACUCUGCGUGGUCCGGCACCGGUACGCACGUUUGUUCAGGACAAUGAGGAUUUUUGUUACGGGCAUCUUAACCUCCAAUUAUCAUUGGCUGAACUGGAUUUCUCCUUAGUGACAGUUCAUAACAAUCAUUACAUCUCUAUGGGCUUGUGGUUUCUGAAAGAUUUUGAGAAUGCAAUCUGGGAGAAGAAAUACAAUAUUCCUUCACAUGUUGCUCAGUUGUAUGUGUAUCCUUUUCUUAUACUACAUGAUGGGAGGAUCUUGUUUUCUCAUGGAAAAGGACUUCUGAAAAGGUAUGAUCCCAAAACUGGAACUUACGAUGAUGCACUGGAAGUGACGGAUUCCAGAUCCAUUGGCAUAUACACGGGAAGCCUACUUAGUCUGUAGAGUUGCUUUUACUGAUGAGGUUACAGGAAUCCAGGACACUGCAGACUGCUCAUGAAAGAUGCAUAUUUGAAAAGAAGUCGCGUCUGUCUGGCCAUGGCAAUUUGGAAGCGUCUGUCUUCUCCACAAGUUCCAUGUAAAAUGCAAAGGAGGUCACGGAGCCGUUCUAUGAUGAAGGAGAAAACUUGGAAUCUCUAAAGAUUGAGGCUUACCAUGCGAAGAGUGGGUUUGCCAUUGUCUUGGACUUUAGCUGGUUACUUGGGUUCUAUAGAAUAUUGGUCUUGUGACGCAGUGUAUUCCCUUUCCAGACCUGCACUUUUGUUGAUGUCGCGUAGAGUGUGUUCUAUUUUUGCCCCCAUGUGGCUACAAAGCUUAUUUUAAAACAUAUACAGUGUUCAAGAAACAUAGUGAUGUAGACUAUGCAUCCAGUCUGCAGUUUGCUAUCUUUUUGGGCUUGUUUGGAUUAUAUAAUUAUGUAGGCAGUAAAACUCUUAUGCAGUUCCUCUAUUCAAAACAGAAUCGUGUAGUUUUUUGGGUACCUUUUGGGAACUGCUUGAUUCCUAUGUAGUUCUGUU